AUGGCCCUCGACUUACACGACGGGGUUCGUCCCCAACGACUCACCGUCUUCUCCCUCACCACCCUCCUUCUUCUCAGUCUCCUUGCCGCCCUCUCCCUGGCCUCCCCCGUUUCCCCCGGUGCUUCAUCCGACCACUCGACGAAGAACCCCCGGGCGGCCCCCACCGGCGACAAGUACCUUAUCGGCCUCGGCAAAGGCGACAUCACCGGCCCCGUCGUAGAGAUCAACUUCGCCGGAUACGCCGACUCCGAGCAAGUCGGCUCAGGUCUGCGCCAGAGGCUCUACAGCCGCGCUUUCAUUGUCGGUGACGUCUCUUCGCCCGCCGAUCGCUUCGUGUACCUCGUCAUCGACACGGCGGCGGGGGACACGGCCGUGCGGAACGGCAUUAUCGAGGGCGUCAAGGCUCUGGGCGGGGAUUAUGCAAAGUAUUACACGGGGAGGAACAUCGCGGUUACUGGAACCCACAGUCAUUCGGGGCCCGGUGGGUGGUGGAAUUAUUUGCUGCCGCAGAUUACGAGCUUGGGAUUUGAUAGGCAGGGGUAUCAGGCAAUCGUUGAUGGCGCUGUUCUCUCGAUCAAGAGAGCUCACGAUUCUCUUACGGAGGGCUACCUCGACAUUGGCACCACCGAAAUCUCAGACGGCGCCAUCAACCGCAGCCGCUGGUCCUACCUCGCCAACCCCGCCUCCGAACGCGCCCGCUACUCCGCCGAAACCGACACCACCAUGACCCUCCUGCGCUUCCGCCGCGCCUCCGACCUCAAGACCACCGGCGUGCUCACCUGGUACGCCGUCCACGGCACCUCCCUCCUGCAGAACAACACCCUCGUGGCCGGCGACAACAAGGGCGUCGCAGCGUGGCUGUUCGAGCGCGAGAUGACCCUCCGUGGAGGCGAUGGUGUGGUGGCCGAGAACUUCGUGGCUGGGUUCAGUCAGGCGAACGUUGGGGAUACGUCGCCGAAUGUGCUGGAUGCUUAUUGCGACGAUGGGAGCGGGCAGAUGUGUAAUUUGCAGGAUAGUACGUGUGCGGAUGGGAAGGUGCAGAGUUGUCAUGGGAGGGGGCCGGCGUUUGAGAAGGUGGAUUUUGGGACGUCGAGUUGUUUUGAGAUUGGGAGGAGGCAGUUUGCCGGUGCCUUGUCGAUCUUGGGCAACCUCGAAUCCCACGCUGUCCCCGUAACGGGCUCAACCGUCAAAUUCUUCCACUUCUACCACAACAUGGCAUUUUCCAAAUUCACUCUCCUCGACGGCACAGAAGCCACCACCUGUCCCGCCGCCCUCGGCUACUCCUUCGCCGCUGGAACCUCCGACGGCCCGGGCCACUUCGACUUCACCCAGGCCGACUCGGGAGACCCCGACGCGAACCCCGUCUGGGCCGUCAUCUCGGGCCUGCUGCGCUCGCCGUCGGCUCAGCAGAAGACGUGUCAGGAGCCUAAGCCCAUUUUGUUUGAUGUUGGCGAGAUGGAUGUGCCGUAUCCUUGGUCGCCGAAUAUUGUUGAUGUGCAGAUGCUUAGGGUGGGUCAGUUUGUUAUUAUUGUGAGUUCGGGUGAGGUUUCGACUAUGGCCGGACGGCGGUGGAGGGAGGCGGUCGGUACGGAGGUUGAGAGUAUUAUCGGGGAGGAACCGGUUGUCGUCAUCGGUGGACCGGCGAACACCUAUUCUCACUACAUCACCACCCCCGAAGAGUACGGCAUCCAACGCUACGAAGGCGCCUCAACCCUCUUCGGUCGACACACCCUCAACGCCUACAUCAACCUCACCGUCUCCGCAGCCCCCUAUCUCUCCCCCUCCUCCUCCAGCCAACCCCCCGUCGGCCCCACGCCCCCCGACAACCGCCAAAAGUCCCUCUCCUUCAUUACCAACGUCGUCCAAGACAACCCGCCCAUCGGCCGCUCCUUCGGCCAAUGCAUCACCCAGCCAUCAUCAAGCUACCCGCGCGGAUCCGUCGCCAAGGCCGUCUUCAUCGGCGCCAACCCGCGGAAUAACCUGCGGCUCGAGGCGACGUACGCGGCGGUAGAGAGGCGCGAGGAUAACGGGCAGUGGAAGAGGGUGAGGAGUGAUGCGGAUUGGUUCCUGACGUAUUCGUGGAAGAGGAAGGAUUGGCUUUUUGGUACGAGCGAGGUUACGCUUGAGUGGGAUACGAAGGAGGAUGGGAGGGGUGAUGUUGUGCCGGGGACGUAUCGGUUUAGGUAUUUUGGGGAUGCGAAGAGUUUGUUUGGGCCGGUUUCGUCGAUUGAGGGGGUGAGCAAUAGCUUUACUUUGACUUGA